AUGAAGGAAAUAACAACACAUUUUACAUCGUCGUCAUUAUUAUAUCUUAUAAUGAGCAUAUUAUUAUAUAUGAAUAUAUCUCCAAAUUUUUCAGAAGCAACUUCUUUGACAUAUGCGGUAGCAGCUCAUGAAAAGGCUUGCUUUUAUGCUUGGAUUGAUAAACCGGGAGAAAAGAUUGCCUUUUAUUUUGCAGUACAAACUGGUGGUUCAUUUGAUAUUGAUUAUUUGGUAACAGAUCCAAAAGGUAAAACAAUCUUAAAUGGAGAGAAAGAACGACAAGGAGAUUUUAUAUUUACGGCAAAUUAUGUAGGAGAAUAUUCAUUUU